AUGAGUUGUUUGAAACGUAUAUUUUCUGGAAAAGAAUAAAGUCUAUUAGGAUUAGAUUUAGAAUAAACGUUGAAACAAUUGAGAUUAGAAAAUGAUUCGGAAACAUGCAAGAGAUUAAAUGAUAAUGCUCGUUAAAGUCAUCCAGGAUGGGUGGAAUUAUUAUGCAGUUUGCUUUAAUAUUAUGUGGAAAGAGAAAGAGGAAGUGCUAAUGUUAUUGACCAUUUUGAAAAUCUUUUUAAAAAUACUAAAUUGGCUUCUAGAUGA